CCCUCCCCAUCUCCCCUUUCCAUUUUCAUGAAAUCUACCCUUUCAUUCUCCAUCAAAUCCUCUUCCUCUUGAUAUGCCGAACCUGGGUUUUUAGCCUCCAUUGUCCUCAGCAGCGUGCCAAGAACUUACCUGAGGGAUUGGGAUUUCAAGUCUUGGCCCUGCAAAAUUUUGAUGUUUUUGAUUCCAAUCCUCUAUUCUCUCAACAAUGGGGAUAUCAAUAGACAAUGUCCGUGGACUCAUCUUGGCCGUCUCCUCCAGCGUUUUUAUUGGUUCUAGCUUUAUUAUUAAGAAGAAGGGUCUUAUAAAAUCUGGGACCAACGGAAUCAGAGCUGCAGCUUCUGGAGGCUAUUCAUACUUGUAUGAACCAUGGUGGUGGGCUGGAAUGAUAAUGAUGAUUGUUGGAGAGAUAGCUAAUUUUGCUGCUUAUGCAUAUGCCCCUGCAAUUCUUGUAACCCCGCUAGGGGCCUUAAGUAUCAUCUUCAGUGCAGUGCUAGCACAUUUUAUCUUGAAGGAGAAAUUGCAUAUAUUUGGAGUUCUAGGAUGUGUUCUCUGUGUGGUUGGCUCGAUAAGUAUUGUUUUACAUGCUCCACAGGAGAAAGAUAUUGAAUCUGUUAAACAAGUUUGGACCCUUGCCACAGAGCCAGGCUUUCUUGUCUAUACUUUUGUAGUUGUGAUUCUGGUUGCUGUACUUAUCUUUCGUUAUAUUCCACGCUAUGGAAAAACCCAUCUGAUAGUUUAUGUCGGAGUCUGCUCUCUGAUGGGUUCUCUUACGGUAAUGAGUGUGAAAGCUGUAAGCAUAGCUCUGAAGCUUACAUUUUCAGGGAUGAAUCAGUUUAUCUACUUCCAGACAUGGAUUUUCACAGUGAUUGUGAUUUUUUGUUGUCUUAUGCAAAUAAACUACUUGAACAAGGCUCUUGACACCUUCAAUACAGCUGUUGUGUCUCCAGUCUACUAUGUUAUGUUUACAUCCCUCACCAUUCUUGCAAGCAUGAUCAUGUUUAAGGAUUGGGCCUCCCAAAAUGCAUCGCAAAUUGUAACAGAAUUAUGUGGUUUUGUGACAAUUCUAUCAGGGACCUUUCUCCUUCACAAAACAAAGGAUAUGGGAAAUUAUCCAACCACAGAAACACCUGUAUUUUCAAGUCCACAUCCAAAUCAGAACCCAAACAACGGUUAGCUACUAUGGGUCGAGAUUUUAACAGAUUCUUCAGUUAUAUGUGCCCUUGACACAAAUCCAAAAACAUCCAAUGACAAUUUGUAGGCAUGGAGAGAGAAGACAAUUAGAAGAUAGGUUUUUGGCUGAAUAACUUUGGCAGACAUUUUGGUUUGAUUAAACAAUCAUAGUUUUCAGUUCCUGCUUAUCUAAUUGGCCAUAAGCAGGCAACAUCAGUGCUACUUAUCUAAUUGGCUAUAGGCAAGCAAAAUUAAUGUUGCUUAUCUAAUUGGCUAUAGCCAAUAUAGGGAUAAAGAUAGG